GCCCUAUCCCCGAUUGGCUCCGUCCUCCUCCCCCUUAGAACCUUUCUUUGGCCGCGACAUCGCCUGUCCUUCACUCCACGCCACCAUGUCCUCCCUCACCAGCCAGAUCGUCAAGAUCAGCCCCAUGGUCAUUCUCUCCAUCCUCGACCACUUCACCCGCCGCCACGUCGACCAGGAGUACGUCAUCGGUACCCUGCUUGGCACUAUUGCCGAGAACGGCGACAUCAUCGUCAGCAACUGCUUCGCCAUCCCGUACAACGUCGAUGCCAUCAACGAUGUUGAGGAGUCCCACCGGACUCUGCUUUCUCUCUUCCGUAAGGUGAACAAGCUGGAGUUCGUCAUCGGCUGGUACACCACCGACACCGACAUCGGCUCGAGCCACAUCCAGCUCCAGAACUUCUUCUCCAAGGAGUGCCGCCAUGCCGGCAAGGAUCUCCAGCGCCCGAUCGUCCUCACCGUCGAUACCUCCCUCAAGACCAACUCCAUCCAGAGCCAUGUCUACACCAGCUCCAACAUCGGCGUUGGCGAUUCCCCCUCUCACGGGCUCUUCUUCAGCUCCCUUGCCUUCGAGAUCACCACCACCUCUGAGGAUCGCCCCGGCCUGGACCUCCUCCUCCAGGCUUCCGAGACCGGCGAGGCUACCCCCAGCAUCGAGCCCGUCAGCGACUUCCACUACCUCAAGCGCUGCCUCGCCGCCCUGGACAACCACCUUGCCGUCAUCCUGGACUACGUGAAUGCCGUCUGCAAGGGCGAGAUUGAGGGCAACCCUCUCAUCGGCCGCCAGAUUUCCCACGUGCUGUCCUCCAUCCCUCAGAUGCCGGCUGACGAGCUUGAGGAGGCCUUCAACACCGACCUCCAGGACCUUCUUAUGGUUGUCUACCUGUCCAAGCUCACUCGUCACCAGCUGUCGAUUGCCCGUCGCCUUCAGAACGUCAUCUCCCUUGGUCGCGACCUGUAAGCGCCUGGUGUACGCGCGCGCGCGCGCGCGCGC